AAAUGAAAAAUGAAACAAAAUUUUCGAGAAGUCAAAGAACAAGUGUAAAGAUAUUUAUAAAUUUUAACAUUAAAAUAAAUAGUUCCACAGUUAUUUUAAGCUAUUAUAAGGUCAUUUCUUAUUUGUUAUAUUUGUUAACAUCAAUAUAAAAGUGGUCGACAUUAGAAUAAUCGUAAUUUACAAUCUCUGUCGAGUUCAUAAAUCAAAAAAAACUUUCAUCUUAAAAAAAAAUGAUUAAAUAUUUGGCCUAUUUUGGGACGAUGCUGUUAUGAGAAAUUUUUCGUAUCAAAAAAUUAAUUCAAUCCUAUGAUUAGAAGUUUCAAAAAAGUGCAUUAAAAAAAAUCAGAACAAACGACAAGAUGUUACUUUUACUGUAAUUCAAUAUUCAAAUACCGUAAGCUUGAACCUACGGGAAUCUCAUAAUAUGAAACUCUAAAACUUAAGAAAGAAAAUUGAAGCUCUCUCUGUGGACAUGGGUGCUACAAUGGGCAAAAACUCCACACUCUUAGAUUCGCUGCCAUCUGGACAACCACUUCAUAUAUGCUUAUUAGGUUUAGAUAGCGCGGGAAAAACUACAGCAUUAUAUCGAAUGAAGUUCGAUCAAUAUUUAAACACCGUUCCUACGAUAGGAUUUAAUUGUGAGAAAAUUCGAGGCACUGUUGGUCGUGCCAAAGGAGUCUCGUUUCUAGUUUGGGAUGUUGGAGGUCAGGAGAAACUUAGACCACUAUGGCGAAGUUACACAAGAUGUACAGACGGAAUCAUUUUUGUUAUCGACUCAGUUGAUAUUGAACGAAUGGAGGAAGCGAAAAUGGAACUAAUGAGAACUGCAAAAUGUCCCGACAAUCAGGGAACCCCGCUUUUAAUAUUAGCUAACAAGCAAGAUUUACCAAUGGCAAAAGAACCAAAAGAAUUAGAAAAAUUAUUGGGACUCAACGAAUUACUUUCUCCCAUUGGUGUCUCAGUAUCAUCGGGAACACUCUCAAGUAUCGAUGGUGGCAGUUUACCGGAUAAAACAAUUGCUUCAUCGUCAUCUUCAUCAAUUGUUUCAUCAAAAAAUUCAGACCAAAACCCAUUAAAGUCUUGGCAUAUUCAACCGACAUGUGCUAUAACAGGCGAAGGUCUGCAUGAGGGAUUAGAUCACCUCUACGAUAUGAUAUUACGAAAAAGAAAAAUGCAAAAACAAAAGAAGAAAAGAUAAGUAAUGUUUUAUGAAUUAAGUUCGAACGGAAUCUCGUUUCAUAUCGUUGAUUCCAAGUCAAAUUAUUUUUUAAUGAAUUUGUUUUCUCGCUUUAUACUCAGCAUUUACUGUAAAAUAGUUUCCUAGCACGUUUUGCAAAAACAAAAAGAAUGAAAAUGAUUUUCAAGUUGUUAAACAUAUUUUUGUUUAUGUUUUUGUUAUUGAUGAUUUGAUCAAAGAUUUGAUAACUUUUGUUUUAAAGUUUUUAGAUCGCAAAGUAAGUUUAGAAUCACACAGAAGAAUAAAAAAGAAAUAAAUAUCUAUGUAAACUGAUUUAAACAUGUUUUUAGCAUUCUGCCAAUUUUAGCAUUAAUGUUUUCUUUCAGAUCACGGAGUUCUUUGCAACUCAUAUGGCUUUUGUAGCCAAAUAUAUCCGGAGUUUUCUGUUAUCGAGCAAAAAGCAUUGUAAUAUUUUCCAGAUGACCUACAAUGCAGAUAUGUUGGGCAACGACAUCGAAAUAUCUUCCUGAACUCUUCCUUACAUAUCUCAUUGUAACCACAAGUUCGUUCUGCUUGAUAU